AUGGAAAAAUUUCACGACAUGAUGGAGGGAUGUGGGUUGGAAGAUAUCGGGUACUGGGGGAAUAAGUUCACAUGGUCGAAUAAUCGUAGUGAGAAUUCGCUUGUUCUAGAGAGGCUGGAUAGAGCUUUAGUCUCGAGCGACUGGAUGCGGAGGUUUCCUACUACUUGUAUUUCUCAUUUGGUUUCCAUUGUUUCUAAUCAUGUUCAUAUGGCUCUUCAUAGUAGUGAGCUAAAAAAUUCAACAAGUGGGAAGAAAAGAUCUUUACGCUUUGACGCUAUGUGGAUUCGACAUGUGUACUGUGUCGAUGUUGUGAAGAAUGCUCGGGCUUUGGGGACAACUUCAGAACCAUUAUCUUCUAUGUUAGCAGUUUGCUUACAAGCUUUACAAUGGUCGAAUAGAACAACUUUUGGUCAUGUCCAACAAACUUUAAAGAAGAAGCACAGAGUCUGUUUGAAAACAAAUUUUCAGAUUUUGUUUCUAAAAUUGAUUUUGAGUUAA